AUGAGGCAGCUGGGUGCAAUGGUGACUCUGAAAAGGAAAGGGACGGCUUUACUGCGCCUGAAGCAAGUGCUGUUCAUCAUACGACCGCUCCGCCAACUGAUGAAGAAUUUUAAGUGCGACUUGCUGAAAAAGAAAAGCGAGCUUCUAGCUGAUGAGCGAGUUGACACGAUCAAGAAAAUUCUGUACGAUCGUUUCCAAGAUGAGGCCAUGUUUAGCAGCAAGAAAAGUUCUCUCAACCUUCGACACAAAAAAUGUUAUGCGAUCAAGGAAGGCAUCUCGGUUAACCUGGAUGUUGCCAGACGGGCGUAUGAAGAACUCCUCAGGGAUAUUCAAUCUCAGGAAAAAGAGCUCGUCGAGCAUUUACCAGAACAGAACGUUCGAUUGGCUUACUCCGCUUCUCGAGGUUUUCAUUAUGUGUGGGUGUGCGGGAACCCAGCUACAGCUACUCUACCUCCUAUUUUCAUCAACAUCACGCGCAACAGGUCAUCUAUAACAUUUUCUUCUAGAAACUUGCUUCGUUACAAUGAUAGAAUAGAACAAUCCGUAUCAGAAGUUAUGAUCGCUACUGAUAUCGUCGUUCAGAGUGCCAUUACAGAAGUUAGUCUUCCUAGAGCUUUUGCAACGUACCUUACUUAG